AUGCCUCCUGCCAUUCCUACACCCAUCUACCGCCACGCAGCACCAUCGGGCCCAUGGCCAUGGAUGGAUUUUGAUACCGAUUCAGACCUUACCCUCAGCCGUGACCAACCAUCACCAGCCUCGCCUGGCACAGAGGGCCCGUCAUGGCGCGGAUAUCCUGAGACGCUCUUUGGGAACUGGAAGCCGGACCAGGUGAAGCGGAGCAAGAUGCUGAGCAACUCCUCAGAGUCCGAUACGUGCUCUGUGCAUUGGCUUGAUGUCCUUAAAGACGGGCAUUUUACGAUUCUGGAUGAGGAGGGGAGGGACCAGACGAGUAGGAUUACGCAUGAUCGGGUGGAUGAGUUUUGGGUGUUGUUGCAGGAGCCUCGACCCGCAAAUAUCCGCGUUCGGGCGUUGUUCGUGGAUAAUCUUUCCAUGUCUGUGCUGCAGAUGCUUGGAACGAAGUAUAAUAUCGAGCCGUUUUUCUUUUCUUCAUCCCUGAAUUGGAUACCCUCACAUUACCAAGAAGAGGUACGGCCGGGAAAGGGUGAUCAUAUCACAAUCACGCUUCCAUUCAUCCGGAUGACGCAAAACCCGGUUACUCGACCGCCAACACCAAGCGAAACACCAGGUUCAGGUUCGGUCAGAUCUGCUCACGCACAGUACAUUUCCACUGACGAAGAGCAAAUCAUCGACACCCAAGCCCCGCUCUCUCUCAGCUGUGGCAAUAUCCUCCUCGUCGAUCUCCUCGCGAUACACAUGGUGCGCGACGAGGACUCGAGCACGAUCAUAUCAUACCAUCCCAACUCUAGUUGGCGUCGUCCUUCCCCAAAGCGGCUCCACUUCCUCGUGUACCGUGCAGGCCAGAGCGUAUAUUGGCAAAAAAUCUUUGCUAAAUCCAAGGACCCGACGUUUCUGUUCCUCGCUAUCCUGUGGUAUGCGCUUUACUCGUGGGACCAGGCGCUUGAGUCGCUGUAUAAUCAUGUUGUUUUUCUGGAAUCCAAAGUGCUGUCAACGAAUAAGACGACUCUCAUUCGUCAACUCUACAUCAUCCAAGCGCACCUCCUCCAAUACCAAUCGCUCCUCCAAGAUUUCCACAAGUCCGUCGACUUUUUGCAGAAUACGCCGAAUCCUGCUAUGGAGUCCGACGACUACAGCCCCACCGAACGCAAGGACUCGGUGGACCUCAUGAAUAGAGAGUGUGCGAAUCUGCUGUCGGAGAUCGGGAGGUUGGAGAACAGGCGGUCGAUGCAGAGCAGCAGGCUGAAGAACGUGAUGGAUCUGUCGUUUGCAACUGUGAAUCUCGAGGAUAGCAAGCAUAUGAGGGACCUGACGGAGGCUACUGUGCGGGACUCGGGUGCGAUGAAGCAGAUCUCUUACCUCACGAUGAUAUUCCUUCCUGCUUCAUUCACUGCGGCGGUGUUUGGGAUGAAUGUGAAUGAGAUCAGCGGGACGAAGGGACAGGAGACGCUCGUUCAUUACGUUGCGACGGCGUUGGCUCUUACAUGCGCAACUUCAUGGAUUGUGGUGGCAUGGCAUUCGGAUGGCCCUUUUGUCAAUGGGGAUAGCACUUUGAUGGAGCGCGUCUGGUGGCCGGUGUUUUAUCUCCUCAGACUGUUCAAAGAGAGGCAGAAAUCGCUGCCGAGGUUCCAGAAUACGGUUUGA